AUGGCAAUGGAGGCGGAGCGCGCCAGCAACGCGGAGCAGGUCCAAGCUCUCAGACAGGCGCUGAACGACAUGGCUUCGGCCGCGGCGGCCACGCGGGCCGACCUGCAGCGGCUGCAGGCGGCCUCGGCGCCGCGCGGCGCCGCCCCGGCGCCCGCCGAGCUGCCGGCGGAGCCCCAGCAGGCGUGGCGGCCGCAGGUGGGCUGCAUAGCGGAGGCGAAGUUCGGCAGGGAAGUUCUGGAGUGCACCAUCCUGGAGGUGAACGAGUCAAUCGUCAAGGUCCGGUGGGCCUUCGACGGGUCCGAGGACGAGGUCGUCAGGAGCAAGGUCUCCGAGAAGGCACCCAGACGAGCCGGGCAGGGCGUGCUGGUGCAGGCCAAUCCUUCCCCCGUGCGCAGCGUGAUGCAGUCUCCAGUGCAGGCGCCGGCGCAGCCGAAGGAGGUUCCCGCUGACACGCUGACCCGCUGCAUAUCCGGGGUCGUGACCCCGAUGGCCUUCUUCAUGCCCGCGUUCCACACCCCGGGGCGCCGCCCGCCGCCGGCGGCUCCCUCCCGCCGCAGCCCGUGGCCACGGCGGGCCACCCGCACAUGUCGCCGCGCGUGGCGGCCUGCCCCGCGCCAGCGCCGCCGCUGGCGCCGACAGGGCAGCCACGGGCGCCGCUUGGGGGAGUGCUGA